ACAACCACGGCAAACUCGGAAGAAUCCGUUCGACAAGACAAAUCCAUUUUUCUCUCCGGUCAACGGCGGUGUAAAAUCCCUAACUCUCUCUUGAUCUCUUUCCCGGCGGCGAUGCCGAAGAACGACUUUCUCACGCCGAAGGCGAUCGCCAACCGAAUCAAGGCGAAGGGCCUGCAGAAGCUCCGAUGGUACUGCCAGAUGUGCCAGAAGCAGUGCAGGGACGAGAACGGGUUCAAGUGCCACUGCAUGAGCGAGAGCCACCAGCGGCAGAUGCAGAUCUUCGGCCAGAACCCUCACCGCGUCGUCGAGGGAUACUCCGAGGAGUUCGAGAACGGAUUCCUCGACCUCAUGAGGCGGAGCCACCGCUUCUCCCGAAUCGCCGCCACCGUCGUCUACAACGAGUACAUCCACGACCGCCACCACGUCCACAUGAAUUCCACCGAGUGGGCGACGCUGACGGAGUUCGUCAAGUAUUUGGGGCGCACGGGGAAGUGCAAGGUGGACGAGACCCCCAAGGGUUGGUUCAUCACGUAUAUCGAUCGGGAUUCGGAGACCAUGUUUAAGGAGAAGAUGAAGAACAAGAGAGUUAGGGCUGAUAUGGUGGACGAGGAGAGACAGGAGAGGGAGAUUCAGAAGCAAAUUGAGAAGGCGGAGCAGUUGCUGACUGGUAAAGAGGGAGAUGGGGAAGGUAAUGAUGCUGAAGCGGGUGCUGUUGAGCCUCCAGCUAAGGAAUUGAAGCUUGAUGCUGAUGGGGUCAAGAUUGGAUUUCAAUUGGGUUCGAAGGGGAACAAUGGCGGGAAGGAUAAGGGUGAGAGUUCGAGCUCAAGAUUGGUUUUUGAGGAAGUUGAGGAGGAAAGAGAGGGGAAGAAAUCGAAAAGUAAUGGAAGCAACGGCAAUGUGGGCAGAGGUGGGAAAUCUGCGUUAGAGGAACUGAUGAGGGAGGAAGAGAAAGUGAAGGAGAAGAAGAACAGGAAGGACUACUGGCUAUAUGAAGGGAUCAUUGUGAAGGUUAUGAGUAAGUCGUUGGCAGAGAAAGGGUAUUAUAAACAGAAAGGAGUUGUGAGGAAGGUGAUUGAUAACUAUGUUGGGGAAAUUGAAAUGCUUGAGAGCAAGCAUCGGCUGAGGAUUGAUCAGGUUGAACUCGAGACUGUGAUUCCACAGGUUGGAGGUCUUGUGAAGAUAGUGAAUGGAGCGUAUAGAGGGUCCAAUGCGAGGCUUUUGGGAGUGGAUACAGAUAACUUUUGCGCCAAGGUGCAGAUAGAGAAGGGGAUUUAUGAUGGCAGAGUGCUCAAAGCUGUAGAAUACGAGGAUAUAUGCAAACUUGCGUGAGGUGUUUUCUGUCGAUUGAAUCCAAGCUGGAGUUAGCUGAACCUUACGCACUGAUUUGUGAUGGAUCUCAAGUUGGUUUUGGUUUUCUGUAAUGCUGCUGCUACUUGAGGGAGAUUUUUCUGAUCUGGAAUCUUGGACAAACGAGGGAGAUUUAGAAAGGAUGUUCAGUAUGUCACAUCAUCAAUCAUGGUGACUGGAAAAGUUUCAUCUUUCAAAUUUCACCUGCUUCAGAUAAUCAGAGAUCCAUCUGCUUCAGUCCAUUGAGUUGAUUUCCAUGGACCUGCGAGUCGUUCAAGCGCAUAUGUAAACCAUCUUGUGGAUUGAGAAUGGACCUCCAACUCCGAAGGUCAUGUCGAUGCUGCCCAUAGAGUUUGCUGAUUGCCAAGCUUGACAAAGCAAUUGCCAAUUGUGGUCGUUCCUUGUUGUGUCACAAAUUAGUGCAACACACAACUGUUUAUAUUUGAAGGUCCAUUUCUUAGCUGACUUGUCUAUCAACCAGCAAGAGUUGGAAUGGAUGAAGAUUGCUGAAUGAGCAAUCUCGAAUCUUCGCGAUGGCUAGACCCAUCAACGUGCUAAUGAAUAUGUACUUCUCCCUCUCCGAGACACGACAUAUUUGCAUAUGUAACAUAAUUUUUCUCGUAUUGAAUCGAAUCGAGUCAAGCAAUCACAAUUCGACCAACUGAUACUUGGUUUGAUUCGAGGCUUAUGCUUGAUGCAAACUAAAAUUAAAGUUAGAUCUGAUUUAAUGACACGAAUUGGAUCACAACAACAUUGUUUUCACAAAGGGUCACACUCUUUAAAAUGAGAGAUGGGUUGGGUGUCAGUUUGGUGAGGAGCGGGGCGUUGAUCAAAUAUUCAAUACUCUCCUCCCCGAAAAUUAGCUCUCCUACCUCUCCAUCUCCAACCAACCAUUUCCCCAUUACACCACGCCCCCUCCCCCGCCUUUAUUGUAUUCGCCGUCCGUCUUCAACCCACAAGCCACAACUCUUUUUAUUACUCCCCCUCGCUUCUCCGGCUGCCUAUCUGAGAUCUCGUUUCCAUACCACAUCAUCCACCACCACUGCGCUGCCUCCUCAGGUCGAGGAAUUGGGAAGACUCUUUGGUAAGGCGGAAUGAAGGUCACAGUGGUUUCUCGCAGUGGCAGAGAGGUCAUCAAAGGAGGCAUCGACCUCAGCGAUUCGGCUACGGUGGCCGAUCUGCAAGAGGCAAUUCAUAAACGAACUAAAAAGUUCUAUCCAUCAAGACAGCGGCUGACCCUUCCUGUGCCAUCUGGAUCAAAAGAGAGGCCAACAGUCCUCGCCGCGAAGAAGAGCCUGAAGGAAUACACUGAUGGGAACUCAGACAGCUUGACCAUUGUUUUCAAGGACUUGGGUCCUCAAGUCUCCUACCGUACACUCUUCUUCUUCGAAUACCUUGGACCUUUGAUACUCUACCCCGUUUUCUAUUACUUCAAUGUCUAUGAAUUCCUCGGCUACAAGGGGUCCGAGCGUGUUAUCCACCCGGUUCAGACAUAUGCUAUGUACUACUGGUGCUUCCACUACUUCAAGCGUAUUAUGGAGACAUUUUUCGUGCACCGGUUUAGCCACGCCACCUCGCCUCUAUCCAACGUGUUCCGCAAUUGUGCGUACUAUUGGACGUUCGGUUGCUACAUUGCUUAUUACGUGAAUCACCCGCUCUACACUCCUGUUGGUGACCUUCAGAUGAAGAUUGGCUUCGCCUUUGGUGCGCUUUGCCAAGUCUCAAACUUUUACUGCCACAUCUUGCUGAGCAACCUGCGCAGUCCUGAUGGAAGUGGUGGCUAUCAAAUCCCUCGUGGGUUUCUAUUCAAUAUUGUGACUUGUGCAAAUUACGCGACGGAGAUUUAUCAGUGGUUGGGUUUCAAUGUUGCAACUCAGACCGUCGCAGGCUAUCUUUUCCUUGUGGUUGCUGCUUCUAUCAUGACCAACUGGGCCCUGGCUAAGCACCGCAGGUUGAAGAAGCUGUUUGAUGGGAAGGAUGGACGACCUAAGUACCCACGCCGAUGGAUCAUACUACCUCCGUUCCUGUAGAACCGAAUUGUUGCUCUACUCCCCUUCGCUGUUGGCUGCUUAAGAAACGCUUCCUCAAACUCAGAGCACUGACAUUUCUUGUCUUGGUGGAUCAUUUUCUAUGGCGUUGAAGAUGGAAGGUCCUGGUUUUCCCAAUCGUCUCACUUGUGAAGUCGUUAAGCAUUUCGUUAUAGGAAUUGGUUGUUGGGAACCAGGGAAGUGGACGAUCGGAUCCUCCUUGGCGAGCUUUCUACUUUCAAACUCUUGGUUUAACGUUAUUUAUCCGCGGUUUCCUGUUUGUGUUGAGCUAGUUUAGACCGAAACAGUUGUGGUGUCUUAAUGAUCUUGCUGUGGUGUUUUAGUCUCUGCUCUCAUCUUACAGGAUAUGAAUUAUUGUUGUACUCAUCUUUUAAGUUAUGAACCCAGCUAGUCGUUGUAUUAUCUCCUUGAACACAGAUUGAAGAGAAACCAAUAAAGCAGGGUAUGUUAGGCUCACAUCCGUAAUGUCAUCUCAUUUUUUUUCUUCUUCAAUCACUUGUCCUGUAUCUCAUCUUCUAAUUGUCGUUACCGUGUCCAUGUUUUGCAUCUCAUAUAUGAUUUGCAGAGGGUUUGAUAAUGAAUACUAAUGGA